CGGGGCCUGGAGAGAAUGUCCCACGAGCGCUGCUCUCCGCUCGGCUUGCAUCGCGGGCGACUGCGCGGGUAGAGCGGCGGCAUCUGGGCCGCUUGUGGCUCCCUGGCGUGCCUGGCGCUUAGCGGACCUCCGCCAUGUGACGUGGGACAAGUCUUGGGCAAGCCCAAUCCUCCGUCUGCCGAGGGUGAGCCGCCAGGGAGGCUUCCAGUCGGACGGAUGUAACAAACUGGAAGGACGGCUGGACGGCGUUUGUUACAGUGACAAAGAACCCAGCAAGCGCCUGCCCUCCUGGUAUGCUCAGGCUACAGAAGAGGCUUGCCUCUAGCGUCCUGCGCUGUGGUAAAAAGAAGGUCUGGUUGGACCCCAACGAGACUAAUGAAAUCGCCAAUGCCAACUCCCGUCAGCAGAUCCGGAAGCUGAUCAAAGAUGGGCUGAUCAUCCGGAAGCCUGUGACUGUCCAUUCCCGGGCUCGCUGCCGGAAAAACACUUUGGCUCGACGGAAGGGCAGGCAUAUGGGCAUAGGAAAGCGGAAGGGUACUGCCAAUGCCCGAAUGCCCGAGAAGGUGACCUGGAUGAGAAGAAUGCGGAUCCUGCGCCGCCUCCUCAGGAGAUACCGUGAAUCCAAGAAGAUUGACCGCCAUAUGUAUCACAGCCUUUACCUGAAGGUCAAAGGGAAUGUCUUCAAAAACAAGCGGAUUCUCAUGGAGCACAUCCACAAGCUGAAGGCAGACAAGGCCCGUAAGAAGCUCCUGGCUGACCAGGCUGAGGCUCGCAGGUCUAAGACCAAGGAAGCAAGAAAGCGCCGGGAGGAGCGCCUCCAGGCCAAAAAGGAGGAGAUCAUCAAGACUCUGUCCAAGGAGGAAGAGACCAAGAAAUAGAACUUCCCUAGAGUCUGUACAUAGUGGGCUGCCUGUGACCUCAGGUGGAUCAGUCAUUAAAAUAAAACAACCCUUUGUCUGGU